AUGACGGACGAUGUUGGAUGCAUUAUCAUCUGGGCCACAGCCAAACAUAUGAAGGUGCCCUAUAGAUUGGUAGUAGUAUAUAAGAAGACCUUGCCCUCCGGAUUGUCAGAUUUUUCCCCAGCUCACACAGUUGGUCAAGAAAGACACAAACUAAGUAUUUCAACACCGAAGAUGGCGGUCAGUCCAGUUCUUCCCGCUCUGCUCCUGAUUCUUGUCUUUUUCGAUGCCCAAGUUCAUACGCACGCACAAUGUGUCGAUGCAGAGCUUGCCCGGGCAGCAAGAGCUUGUUCAAGAAGGCUAAGUCUCGGUCAGAGGCAGUGUAGACUAUUUCCAACUCCGGAGAGGUCCAUCAUCCGUUCAUUGCGACCAGGAGAUUUCAGACUCAGCCAGCUGCGGAAAGGCGUCUUUCUGUAUGAUAAUAGCUUCUACACGUCAUUGAUUCUCAAGAUGGAUCGCCGACUGGCACUGCUUGAUAUCCCCGAAUCAAUUUCUUUGGAUGGCCCUGACGGAAACAGGACUUCGUUUGCAUCUGCAGCCGAACAAGUCCUAAACGGAACGAUUCCGAAAAGGAUCGACAUCGUCUACUCUCAUGGACACUUCGAUCACAUCGGAGGCACGACCAGAUUCGUGGCAUAUAUGGAGGAGAGAUAUCCUUCUGCAAGCAUCUUUAUUUGGGGCACAUCCACUGCCCGAGUGCUUAUUGAGAACUCUGUGACCAAACGAGCUAUCUUUCCGAAUGUAAUCGUUGGAAGGAGAGGUCGAACACUCUCACUGGGGGAGGGGCUUGAUGUGAGGAUGCAGAUCGUCGGCGGUCACACCGCCUCGGACCUUGCGUUGUACAUUCCACGCUUUCGCGACGAGCCCUCCAUACUGAUGCACGUUGAUGUGGUAUUCCCGAAUUGGGCGCCACCGUUUAAUCUCGCUGUCACCGAAGAUGUGGGAGGGUACGUUCGAGUUCAUGAAGAAUUGCUGAAAUUUGAUUUCGACAUUUUCAUUUCCGGACACUGGAGUGUUGGUGACCGCAAGAGUGUCGAAAUGAACCACGGGUAUUCAAAGGAUCUUGUGCAAGCGGCAAUAACCGCUCUCGAUGAGGUGACCAUAGAGGACUUCAAUGAAGCCGGGUUUGGCCGGUUUAUCGAUCCAACAGCGAGAGAAUUCGGAAACGUUCUGUAUGCGUUCGUUAGUGUUUCCCGUCGGGUGCAAAUAGAAGCUUGUUACAGAAUCAUAAUUGACAAGUGGGGGUGCCGACUACCUGGACUUGACCUCGUUGGAAGAGGGCACUGCUUCACGGCACUGACUUACGUUGAGAUAGAGUACUAG